AUCAGUUUAACAUAAAAGCUCACACUAAUUAAUGGAACCAUGUGCAGUUAAAAACGGUGUCUCCACAUUUAGUAAUCAAAAAAUUAUGAAUACAUGAAAAGGGACUUUGGUGUGUUGACUUCAAUGGUUAACAUCAAGGAAACACUAUAAUACAUCUUCUCCUUCUACAUCUUCCUCUGCAAUCAAGAUCUGUCUACCAUAACCUCAUCCAAAUGACGAACUCUUCUCAGUCGCGGAAGCCUCAAGUGUUCAUCAGUUUCAGGGGUAAAGCUCAAAGGAAAACCUUAGUGAGCUUUAUAAAGUCAAAGUUAGAGGAGAUCAGCGAAAUCAAUGUUUUCAUGGACGAGUACGAGAUUAGAGGGAGGCCAAUCACAACACUCUUCGAACGAAUCAGAGAGUCAAGUAUCGCACUAGUCAUCUUCUCAGACAAGUACCCUGAGUCACGCUGGUGCUUAGACGAGCUAGUUGAGAUCAAGAAGCAAAUGGAGACAGGAUCUAUUGUUCCCUUUCCAAUAUUCUACAAAGUGAAAGCUGAGUCCGUCAAGAAUCAGACUGGUCACUUCCGUAAUGUUCUCCUCAAAACUGAGGAAGACGUUCGCAAAAAGGUUGAUAGGAGCAACAUCAGGUCAAUACUUGAAACAGAGGAUAUGAUUUGGGGAUGGAGACAAGCUUUAGUCUCUGUUGGUGGAAGAAUGGGGUUUUCUUAUAAUCAUAAAUGUGAUAACGAUUUCGUUAACGAUAUUGUGGUCCAGAUCAAGAAAAUGUUAGCCGAUUUAUCUCCAUCUCCAAGAAAUGGUCUUAAAAUCAUAGAGAGGCCUCAGAUGCAUCCUCAGGAAGAAGUAACGUCAUUGUUACAAGCUCUAAACCUUAAGAAAUCUGAUCUUGAAGAUCUUAUUCAUAUCAAUGGCGUCGUUUCCCAUGGCACUGAUCGUCUGGUGUUUCUUGACCUGAUCUCUCUUCAGAAUCCUAUCCUCGCUGAUCGAUUAAUCGAGCUAGUUCAAGCUGGAAGGAAUCUCUUGGUGUUGUUAGGUUCUCUAGAAUACUACAAUAAAGGUUUCACUUUCAAGCGUAUCUUUCUUCCCAAGAAAUCUCAACAAUUGCCUGGUUACACAGUUGUGGCAGAGAGUAAUGACAAUCUUCGUAACCAUGAAGUUAGCUACUCUGAUACUGUUUUGACCUGUUUUUCAUUCUUAUGUAACAUACUGAAACGUAGUGAAAUGAAAAUCGACCCUCUAUCUCAAAGAGUAUUCAUCGGUCUUGGAGAAAAGCAUCUCGGAAAAUUCCUAGUGAGCUCUCUAAAAGAAGAAUUGGAAUCGAACCAAAUAUUAGUGUAUGUAGAGGAUGAGACGAAGAGCAGGAUCAAAGAGUCAGGGGUUGCAGUAGUGUUCUUCUCAAAGAAGUACCCUAAUUCUGAAAAGUGUCUUGAUGAGCUCGUUGAGAUCAAGAAACUUAUGGACGCAGGGAAAAUCGAUCCCUUGCCUGUUUUUUACAGCUUAAAGGAUGAACCAGUUAAGAAUCUCAAGGGAUAUUUCCUUAAUAGGCUUCUCAAGAUAGAGAAUGAAGUGCGUAAGAACAUCAAGACGAGAGAUGAUAAGUCUAUACUUGAUACUGAAGCUAAAAUCUGGGGAUGGAGAGAUGCUCUCUCGUCCAUUGCCUCAAGACCGGGUCUGAGCUAUGAGCUUAGCACUGAUGACGUGUUCGUUAGUGAUAUUGUGACCAAGGUCAAUGAACUAUUUGCCUCAAGGGAGAGAAAGAAGACAGAAGCAGCAACAACAGUUGUCAAAACUCUCGAUGCUGAUGACUUAUUCUAUUCCCGAACUUCGUUCUUACAAGCUAUAGACCGUGACAUUACAGAUUUUGAAAGCUUCACUGAUAUCCCAAAUGGUCUUGUACUUCUGAGGCUUAAAGGACACACUAAUCUAGUGUUCCUCAAACUGAGUUCUCAUGAAAAUCUGGUCAGAUUUCAACGUUCUGACUCAUUCAAAUUCCUCACAGAGGUUUAAUUUCUCCCCAACCCUAAAUUUCUUCUCUCAAAUCUGAAGCAACUUUUGUGGCUUCUCAUGAAAAUCUUUAGGUAUUAUUAUUACCCUUGCAGGGUUUUGCUUUGAAUCCUUCUGGUGUCAUCAGAUUUAGCGAGCCUUCCCUGGCAUUGGAAUUAGAGUCCAAUCAAUCUCAACAAUAGUUUUGAGAUGGAUUCAGUUGGAGACAGGACGCUCAAAAAGCAUUUCUUCUUUGCUUACUUGGGUAUCAAGUUAAACCUCUGUUUUGUUUUCCUCACAUAAUUAAGACAAUGGACGGAUACAUAAAAAAAUGUACGUGUAUUCAAGGAAUUUUUGGUUUUUCUUUUUAUCCCUUGAACCUCUGUCUCUGG